GAAAUCCACUUUUGAAUUAAUGUUAAUACCUAAUUAAUCAACUGCUUACUGUAUAGUGGAAAAGGGUGUAUUUACAUAAACUUGAAAUAAUUAUCUCGCGAAUGAAGUUAUGCUUAACUAAAUUCUGUCAUGGCUAUCCACUAAAAAAUGCGAUCCGUGGGAUCUAUUUACUUACAUUGUUAUUCAUAUUAUAUUGUUUAUCUUCUUUCCUAACUGAUUCCAGAGAUAAUAAGCACCGAUUAUCACUAGAACGCUAUGGUGAACUCAAAAGUGUAUGCGAAUAUUUCUUCAGAAAGCCUGUGAAAAAUUAUAGUCAAGCAGUUAUUGAAAGUAUUCAGGUGAAAUGGGACGUGAACUAUUCAAAUUUAUCCAAUACCGAUGUUUGUCGUGAAUUCAAGUUAUUCCAAGGACAUGUAGUUCAACCAUCGAUGGAGGAGAAAGAUUUCCCGCUAGCCUUCAGUAUGGCUGUACAUGAUAACAUCAAACAGGUGUCUCGAUUACUCCGACUGAUACACAGACAACACAAUCUGUACUGCAUUCACGUUGACUCUAAGUCGCCACAACCAUUCUAUAAAGAAGUGUUGGCACUAGCCAAUUGUCUUGGUCCGAAUGUGAUGGUAGUGAAUCGAUCGGAAAGUAUUGACGUUCAAUGGGGUUAUUACUCCAUCCUCGAAGUGUUUCUCCUCUGUGCUGACAAAUUGAUGAAGAAGACUGAAUACAAGUGGAAAUACAUUCUGAAUGUGAAUGGACAGGAAUUGCCACUGAGAACGAAUUGGGAGUUGGUAACAGCUUUGAAGGCAAUCAAUGGGUCAAAUAUUGUUGAAGGUCUAGGUCCACGACAUAAUCCAUCCCGAUGGCCAGCAAAGGAUUUCACAUUCCCGAUCCUCUGGAGCAAAGGCAGUUUCUAUAUGGCAUUGAAACGAGAAUUCGUACACUUCUAUCAAACUGACCCAAGAGCGAAUGAAAUACUCGAUGCUAUGAAAGCAGAAAGACACCUGCAGAAGCAUCCAGAUGAAUUGUUCUUCCCAACGCUAACCCACGAUCCAUCGCUCGGUGCACCAGCUGCUUGCAACGAAAUUCAUGAAACUAAUUAUUCAGAUAGACGAAAACGAUUCAUUCCACGUUAUGUGACAUGGUUUGACGAGGGCUGUAAAAGUUCCAGAGUUCGUCGUUCUGUGUGUAUCAUAGGUGCAGGUAAUCUCCCAUACAUACCAUCACGACCGGAGUUUUUCGCCAACAAAUUUGAUGAUGACUUCGAGCCUAUUGCUUACGACUGUACAGAGUAUUAUGUUAUGGAGAAAGUUAUACAAGAGAUGAAAAGUAAUCGGUUGGAUGCAAACUUUGAUGUCACUGUCUACUCUGACUUACACUGUUCUAGAAAUCACACUUAGUUUCGAUGAAGAAGUAUUUUACUCUUUCAGACAGGAUUCCAACCGAUUGGCAUAUCUUGGUGAGAAAGUGUAUUUCUCCCUUUUUCACCAUUUUUAUAAGUAUUUCGAAAUUUCUUACUCUCAACCUGUUUUCAAAAGCCUCCAUACUUCCCUAGAAAUUGAUUCAGAAUUCUAUGAAAAUUAAAACUUCAUACUCUGUAAAUAAAUUGUUUGGUUAUUUUAUGAUUUGGACUAUCAUUGGUUCCAUUGUUACUCCUUGAUGUCCACUAACCCUUUCUCCCUAUUGAUGCAUAGUAAUGGUGAAGCAUAACAAUUGUUCUCUUCAUGUGUUACAUCACUUCUGUGCAUAAUGUAUGGAUAUGCUUCGUCUUUAUUUCUAACAGACUUCAGUUUCAGACUGAUAGGUACAUGAGUGCUUUUCACUCCAGUUCAUAAAUGUAGUUGUACUUAGAAUGUAACAGAAUUCUUAUACAAUAAUGAGAGUUAGUUUCCGGAGUCUUUAUUUGCUCAUGUGAAUUCGUGUUUCUGCUGUUUGAUCAUAUUGUGCCGAAAUGCUCAGUCUCUGUUGAUGCGCUGCUUCCUGGUACAGAUAAAUCGACGAUGUCUGAAGAUAAAUAUGAAGCUAUGUCCACCCUGGAUUCCACUACUAGUCAAUGUCAGUCAAGUAGUGUGCCUAGAUUGUAUUUCUCGAGUACACACCUGAUAUAAACACUUGUAUAAACGACGUGAUAUCUACUUCAGAGACAAGGAAUACUUGACUGUUAUUGAAAUGAAUCAUUGCAGUGCAUGUGAUCCAAAGAAAAUGAGACAACAAAUGAAUCGUGAACACAGACAUUUAUGUGAUAGUGAAGAUAAACUUAGGCUACUUUAUUCAUGAUUAACCUUCAUAUGCACACGAAUGGGGAAAAAUAAAUAAAGUUAUUAGCAUUAAAUAGAGAAACGUCAGUAAAAACAAUAUCGUUUUGUUUUUCAUUCAUUGGGAAAUACAAAGACCUUUAUUAUAAAAAAUAAAUCAAGUUAUUCAUUGU